AUGGCUGCAGCCCGCAUCAAGCGCGAACUCGCCGCAGUGGACUCGACCCGUGAUCAAGAAUCCCGUAUCAUUCCUGUCUGCUCAGCAACAAAGGACGAGUGGAAAGCGUACCUGGAGAGCGACGACCAAGAGCUCCGAUGGUUCUGUGAGUGGAUCAACGGUAUGGUUUACAUCGUGCAGCUAUCGGGUGAAGAAGACGAGAGCUUUGCGGAUCUACCCGACUACCAACCUGACGUCGGCUAUGGACCUCUUAACAAUGCAUUGGGGACUGUCUUGCCACGUGGAAUCCAAUCCUACAAGUCGUGGUACACACUCGUGGUCGAAGUCGGGAAAUCGCGUGGCUGGGGGGACGAGAAGGGGUUGCUCGACUGGAAGGCUCGGCAGUGGACCAGGUUCCCAGGAGUGCGGUACAUCCUGUGCGUGGCAGUCACAGACCGUUUGCAAAGCGUCGAGUACAAACUGUACACGGUGGAGCGGGAUUCUGAGUCGAAUCGAGCGCGUUCACUACCCAUUGUCGACCCGCUGCCUGUCGUUGGACCUCACACUGUGGUGACGUUUGACUCGCGCGAGCUGCUGGGCCUGCCGUCUGGAGCCAACGUUCCCCCAAUUGAUGGAGUGCAAUUUCCGGUUCCGACCUACGGCGUCGACCUUUUUGGGAUUCUCUCGCUCCUCAAAGAUUAUUUCGAUUGA